CGUGUUGUGCGCCUCCGGAUCAGCGCUGUGUCUGCUGAAACGUGCCAUGGUGUGAAGCGGAUCAUUUCCAUGGACCAUCUGCUCGGCGUUUACCCCUACAACAAAGAAAGGACCCAGGAUGGUGUUAGUGCAUGUCGGAUAUCUGGUUCUCCCGGUCUUCGGCUCAGUUAGAAACAGAGGAGCACACUUUACCAGGCAUCAACACAGCCAUGCUACCUCCUGCCGACAUUUUCACCUGGGUGCUCCGCAGGCACCACUAUCAGCUGAGUUUCCUCUAGGACAUGCUAGUCAGGCUCCACAGACGGCUCUGGCCCCCCACCUGCCCCCUGCGCACCAUCCGCCUCUCACUGCCCUCCCAGCGGCGCCUCAGUUCCAGGAUGUGCCUGGGCCCCCCUUUCUACCUCAGGCUUUACACCAGCAAUACCUCAUCCAACAACAGCUUCUGGAGGCUCAACAUCGAAGGAUCCUCCCACACUCCAGAAGAAAUCAGGAACGCAUUUCUAUGAAUCCUCACCGAUUGCGCGCAGGCUACGAGUACUCCUCACCUCUGCAUGUGUCCCAGGGGGUCCCACAACAGCCACGUUACCUGGCAGAAGGCACUGACUGGGAUCUCAGUGUAGAUGCUGGCACCCCGCACCAUCAGUACCCGCUGCAGCAGAUGCCACAGCACUAUCAGCAUUACCUGGCCACCCCGCGUUUGCACCACUAUCCUAGAAAUACGUCAUCUGCACAAGUGGUUGUACACGAAAUUAGAAACUACCCGUAUCCCCAGCUGCACCUACUAGCACUGCAAAGUCUUAAUCCUUCAAGGCAUGUCACGGCAGUGCGGGAAAGUUAUGAGGAGUUGUUGCAGCUCGAGGACAGACUGGGGAGUGUCAGCCGAGGAGCUGUUCAGACGACAAUUGAGAGGUUUACCAUUCCUCACAAGUACAAAAAGAGGAAACCCAUGCAGCUAAGGAUUGACGAAGAGGAAUCCGAUGUGGAUGAGAAAUGCACAAUCUGUUUGUCUAUGCUUGAAGACGGAGAGGACGUCAGGAGAUUGCCAUGUAUGCACCUCUUUCACCAAGGCUGUGUGGAUCAGUGGUUGGCCACAAGCAGGAAGUGUCCCAUCUGUCGAGUUGACAUCGAAACACAGCUGAAUGCUGACAGCUGAUAGACAGACACCCACCUGUCAAUCACCUUGUGUGCUUCUCACUUUCUUCCGCCCCCAUGUGGGUGCUUUGCCAAAUGUCUCCAGACUGUUUGUGACAUCAUCAUGACGUUAAACUGAGCCAAGCUGACAUACUAACUGCAUGAGAGGACCCUUGCGUACUCUCUCCUCUAUAAGCACAUCUCCUUGGAAGCAGAAGUCGUAAACACAUACUCAUAUGUUCACAGGGCUUACUAGUAGCUUGCUGGUCAAAAGUGGGGUGUUGUUACUGUUGUGGUGUUGUUCCUUAGGUAGCCCUGGGCUGUGUAGCAUGUCCUUAAAGCCAUGACUUUGUGUCCUGUGAGUGGUUAGUACAUAACCCCACACUAAGCUCUCUCUUAUAUAUAUUUAAAUUUUUAGAAAUACUUUUCAUGUGAAUAAUCUGCCACACAGGAAAGUUUAUAAGCUCAUAUGUUCUGAUGCUGUUUACCUAGUUAACCUUUGUGAUCAUAGUAGAGUAGCAGUAAUCAAUAAGUAAUGUCCGGUGCAGUGGGAAGGGUAUCAUCUUAGUUAACUCUCUCACGCAGCUUUGAAAUUUUGCAUAAAAAGCCUAAACUUUGUGACCGAAAGAGAGCUGCUCUUGCAUCUGGAUCUUUAUCUGCCACAAGCAGCAGCACGGUCUAAAUUUAAUGCUUCUUUUAUGGUGAUGGUGGAGGCUGUUAAUAUUGCAUCUUUCAACCUAACAGAUACAGUGGGCUUUGCAUGAGUUAAUCUUGAGCGCUUACAGAACAAAAAUGUGACUGUGACAUUUACUCUUACUGUGGUGUCUGCUCUGAUUUGAUGGGAGUAAGAGGAUACUCUUUUUUUUAUGUUUACCUAAAGUCCUACUGAACAAGCACACGCGGUAAGGGUUUUUCUCUUGGUGUUGAAUUUGGAUUGGUUAAUAAUUAGGCUUAGACUCUGCAGUAUUUCAAGAGCAAUCUAGUGUAUUGAUUUUGUGUAUUCAUGUGACAGACCUACCCUUGUGGUUGCUAUGCUGGUUGCUAUGCUGUUUAGCUAGGACAUGUAGAAUGUGUUUUGCAAUGGAGGCAGUCUCCCGCUCCCAGUGCACACAGGCGUGAGACGAUACACCAACAAAAUACACCCAAGCAAAUUAAACAAUGAUCAUGGCAUAGUGUAUUUGUAAUUACUCAGAGGUUCAGGGCUUAAGAAUGCCAGUAAGACCCUCACCAUCCUCUGUGCUGUGGUCAAAAAUAAACACCCUCGCCGAGAUCCUAUCAGUUAUAUGUGUUAAGAGUUUGUUCCUCUCUGUCUUGUGCACUGCCAGUGUUGACAUUACCUCCACAAGCAGUGAAGUCACCAGUAAUAAAGUGUUAUAGUUUACACAGGGUGUUGUCAAGUUGAGAUGCCUUAAAUAUUUAACAAUCAUAACUGUAGAAAUUGUGAGUAUGUAUUUAAUUUUAGUCUUUUAGGGCAACUGAUUCAUAUCUUAUUUAUUUACAGAUAACAAAAAAUGCUAUGAAAAAAAACAAUUACCUCAUUUUUGCAUAGUUUUAAAUGGGAAUGUUUUGCAUGCAGUGGUACUUUUUGAAACACAAAAGCUCAAGAACAACCCUGAUGUUUGAUCCUUUCCAGCUGGCUGUGUGAUGUUUACUGUCCAUGCCUGAGCUACUGAGCCAAUCUCUGUCUGUCACCACUCAUGCGGUGCUGUGGAUGUAUGCUACAUUCCAAUCAAUGCAUUUGCUCUAAUACCCCAUGCUGUGACGUAGUGGACAAACUGCAAUGAAGUGGACUGGUUUUUAAUUAUGAUUCUUAUUUUUUGCACUAACUGUUCAAAUAUGGGAACCCUCUCACUGGCCAACAGAACUUAUAACAUUCAACUUUUGUGUGUUUUUUGUAUGCUCUGUUUUUUGUUUUUUGUUUUUUUUUACAAUGCACUAUGUUUUAACAGUAUAACAAGUGCCUCGCUUUAAGUGUUAACAUUAAUACAAUCAACCCAUGAAGCCACCAUUGCCUUAUUAGUUGCGUGAUUAAAUGAAAGGGUGAAGAAGGUGCUACUACAUUUGACAGGUCUCCAAAAGCCAUUGGAAAUUCUAAACACUGAACCCUCUGCCAUCCUUAAAUUUGGUCUUGUUUAUUUGUCCGUUUGCUUAUUUGCUCUACACCCAUCAUUCUUUUUCAUGCGAUGGAGGAUUUCAAAGCACAACUUUUUGAAAAAUGCAUGUCUCAGGUGUCAGUACAUUACUGUCUCUCUCAAGAGUAUAUGGUGAGCUACAAACCACAUGUAAAGACAAUUAUUGCUGCUUGAAUAUUAAAGUCUAAAAUCGAAGAGAAAGUAUCCCAAAAAAGUGCCAGUGAAAGGGCUGCCGUCAUCCUUGUAUGAAAAUCUGGUGUUUAGCUGUGACUGAGCAGUGUUUUUCAAUAUAGGAUAUUUAUCUGAAAAUAGAACUAUUUAUAAUUAAUAUUAAAGCAAUAUAGCAUUAAUAGUAUGUUGUUAAUGAAAUGAAUGGGCAUAUUGUGAGUAAAUAUUAGAUUUACAUAUUGGUGGUAUUUUUUGUACUUUAUUUAUUAUUACUAAUAUUAAUAAUUUUCAACUUUACUUUGCCAGUUGCAAAAUGUUUUGUUUAAAUUUUAAGUUUCAUGGCUUGUAUAAUAUCAUUUUGUAUGUGCUCAUUUUCUAAUAAACUGGAUGAAAUGGG